CUUCCCUGCUGGCGGCUACAGCACCUCUGUUCUGUCAGUGUGUGUCGCCCUGUCGAUCCCGUCUUCUUCACCUGGCCCCUGUAUCUGGAUAGUGCGUAGUGCGAUGCAUUUUGCCCUUGACUCUUGGUCGGAUCUGCCUGAAGAUCUCCCGCUGUCCCUGGAUUGCCUCUCAACGGAGCUGGCUGGUCCUGCCAUUCGAUCCCAAUGCCUAGCAGCCCACAUGUCCCGUGUCCUAGGCCUGGGAUCAGGAGGGUUGGGGGAGGAGGCGGGGCCAUCGGGGCUAUAUAAAGCAACAUCACUGCAGCCCCGGCUAUGCGGCUGCCUCCACAGCUCUCCCCUGCUCCUCACCUGCCUGCCCAGCUCCUCAAGCCUGCCCAGCUGCCCAGCUGGGUCCCGCUGCCGCCACCGCAGUCUCAAGCCUCUCCACCUACAAAAUGCUCUGUCUGGAUCCACUGGGUUCUGAGUGGGACUGCCCCCUGGGUACCAAGGACCUGGAUGGAAAGGAAGGACCAUGGAAAGGGGGUGCUGGCCCACCACCCACAGACUGCUUCCCUGGCCCUUGGUGCCAAGACGUGGGCCUGGACUGUAAGGGCUCCCCAGAAGAGGCUGAGGCCCGGGCCUGGACUCUCCACUACUACAGCCUCCUUCAGAGCUGUCUACAGCAAGCUGGCCUUCCUGAGACCCAGGACCGCAGCCAGGCACCUCGCACAGGCUGCCCUGGGGCAGAGGUGACCUUGUGUAUCCUGGGUCCCCCCAGCACUUUUCUGUCCCUGCUGCUGGAGGGUGGGGUCCAGAGCCCUGGAAAUAUGCUCCUUUGCCUGUCCCCUGCUUGGCUGACGAAAGUGGCAGCCCCAGGCCAGGAAGGGGAGGCGACCCUGUUGGUCUCGAAGGCUGUGAGCUUCUAUCCAGGGGGCCUAACAUUCCUGGAUGACUUUGUACCCCCUCGGCAGGCCACCUACUUCCUGGCAGGCCUGGGGCCGGAAUCUGGCCGUGGCAGAGAGGCAGCUGAGCUGGCCCGGAACCUCACUUGCCCCACAGGAGCCUCCGCAGAGCUAGCACGUCUGCUGGAGGACCGGCUGCUGAUGAGGCGCCUGCUGUCUCAGCAGAGUGGUGUGGCUGUGCCAGCUACCCUGGCUUUCACCUACAAGCCUCCAGGGCUGCUUCGGGGAGGGGAUGUGAGCCCUGGACUACGGCUGGUGGAGCUGAGUGGGAAAGAGGGCCAGGAGACCCUGGUGAAAAAGGAAGUAGAGGCCUUUGUGCACUCUGAGGCCCUGGGUGAUGCUUCACAGGUAACUGUGAGACUCAGUGGCUGGCGCUGGCGGGGACAGCAGGCAUUACGUCUGCACCUGAGGGUGGAGCCGUCCACGGUGGUGGACACGGUGCUGACAUUGCUGGAGACACUGGAGGAGGAAGAGAGUGUCCUGGUGGAGGCCAUGUGUCCACCUGUCCGACUGCCCUUACCAGGCAGUCCCUCUCCUGGCCCUGAGCUGGCUGUGCGGAUCUGCGCAGUGGUGUGUCGGAUUCAGGGUGAUAGGCCCCUGCUAAGCAAGGUGGUGUGCGCCGUGGGUCGUGGAGACCGGCCCGUGCGUCACCACAACACCCUAACGAGGACGCUGGCCGUGGCGCUGGCCCAGUGCGGCCUGGAGGACCAGGCACAGGUGGCGGCGCUGGCGCAGCGCGUCAAGGAAGCUGCCGAGGCCGCGCUGGCCGCCGUGCUGGCGCUGGAGGCCGGUCUGAGCGCCCAGCAGCGCGGCGGCCGCCGGGUGCACACCGACGUCCUGGGCGUGGACUUCGUCCUCACCGUGGUCGGCCGCGCGCUGACGCCCGCCGCCCUGAAGCUCAGCAGCGGCCUCUGCCUGGAGGCGUGCGGCGCGCUCGAGGGACUGUGGGUGGCGCGGCGCCCCGGGCGAGCGGCGGAAGAACCAGCGGCCGCGCCGCUGGUGGAGACCAUGCUCCGGCGCUCGGCACGGUGCCUCAUGGAAGGAAAGCAGCUGCUGGUGAUCGGCGCAGGCGGCGUCAGCAAGAAGUUCGUGUGGGAGGCAGCACGCGACUACGGGCUGCAGCUGCACCUGGUGGAGUCGGAUCCCAACCACUUUGCAUCUGAGCUGGUACAGACCUUCAUCCACUUUGAUGUGACUGAGCACCGUAGGGAUGAGGAGAAUGCACGACUGUUGGCUGAGCUGGUACGGAUGCGCAACCUGAAGCUAGAUGGUUGCUUCUCCUUCUGGGAUGACUGCCUGGUGCUUACAGCUCUGCUCUGCCAGGAGCUGGGUCUGCCUUGCAGCUCCCCAGCUGCCAUGUGCCUGGCCAAGCAAAAGAGCCGUACCCAGCUGCACCUGUUACGCCACCAGGGCCCACCCUGGCCUGCACCCUCUCUCCACGCUGUGGCCUGCUGUCCAUUGGAGAGUGAGGCUGAUGUGGAGAGAGCUAUCUAUCAGGUACCCCUGCCAGGUGUGAUGAAGCUGGAGUUCGGGUCCGGUGCAGUAGGUGUGCAGCUAGUGAAAGACGGGCCACAGUGCCAUGAGCACUUUUCCCGGAUCCUCCAUGACCUGCAGGGUGAGGCUGACCACCCAGGCAUAGGGCUGGGCUGGGGCAAUGCCAUGCUCCUGAUGGAAUUUGUCGAGGGCACCGAACACGAUGUGGACCUGGUGGUGUUUGGCGGACGACUGCUGGCUGCCUUUGUCUCUGACAAUGGUCCCACAAGGCUGCCUGGCUUCACAGAGACUGCGGCCUGCAUGCCCACUGGACUGGCACCAGAACAGGAGGCCCAGAUAGUACAGGCAGCUUUUCGCUGCUGCCUGGGCUGUGGGCUGCUGGAUGGAGUUUUCAACGUGGAGCUCAAGAUGACUGGAGCUGGACCGAGGCUCAUUGAGAUCAACCCUCGAAUGGGAGGGUUCUACCUGCGAGACUGGAUCCUAGAACUCUAUGGUGUGGAUCUACUACUGGCUUCUACCAUGGUGGCCUGUGGGCUGCAGCCUGCCCUCCCUGCUUACCCACGUGCCCGUGGCUACCUGGUGGGCAUUAUGUGCCUGGUAUCCCAGCACCUGGAUCUGCUGAGUUCUCCUGGCAGUCGAGAGACCCUACAGGCCCUCCAUGACCAGGGUCUAUUGCGGCUCAACCUGCUGGAGGAGGCCCUGAUACCUGGCCAGUAUGAGGAACCCUACUGCAACGUGGCCUGUGCUGGGCCUAACCCUGCUGAGGCCCGUCUCCGCCUGCUGGGCCUCUGUCAGGGCCUGGGCAUUGACAAACCCGACUACCCAGUUGCCCACUUCUUAUCUCAUUUCAGAUAGCACUGAGGUCAGGAGGCAGAAGGGAUGAAGUGCUGGGGGAAGGAGCUGUGGUUCUCUGUUUCCUGCCUCUCGGCCUAUCACCCUGCCCAAAUCCUGGCUUAGCCCACUCCCAUGUCUCAGGUCUAUUCCAGAACAGUAGGGUCAUGUUGACACCUGGGCUCAAGGACCAUAAAACAAGUAUCUGGGAGUUGCUGGGUCUUCUUGCCCUCUUGAAAGCCUCCAUCUAGCCCCCAGGUGGCCCCAGGACUCUAGCCCCAAAGAACUAACAGCAGCAGAGUAAUAGUUGUAGAGCCCGCUGGAAACUUCUGGCAGUGCCUCACCUGUGUCAGUUGGCCUGAGCCAUAGAAAUAGAUGGUCCAUGAUGUGGGGUAAUCGCCUCUUUUCUCACCUCUAGGCAAACACUACCGCCCUCAUGCUGCACAUAAGGAAGAUGGUUCAGAGAGGAAAGAUGACUGCCCCCAAGAGUGGAUAUGGAUAGGAAGCAAGGGCCAGCUUUCUUCUGUUUACUAAGUCUUACAUGCCCACUCAUCUUCUAGGUGCCUUCCCCUCUCUGCCCUGAUUCAUAAGUCCAGGACUCCCGAAUGUCCCCCUCUUAUGGAACCACACAUCUUCUCUACCAGCUUUGGUGCUUUGGCCUCUAGCAUACUUAAUGAGGCCUGGGACAUUGGUUUAUAUCCCUUCUUUGUUCAAGGAAGCUGCACUAAGAAUUCCUGCUUCUGCCCAGCACAGGAACUGUGGACAGCUCCCCAACCACGCCUGCCCAAAUAAAGGAUUGUGGACUAGUAAAGUAUCUGUAGGUUUGCUAUGGACAGUGCCUCCAGGUUCUGGAGGAGGAAUGGGAAGUGGGAGUUCUCAGGAGAAGUGGGAAAAUCACCCCAUUGAUCUUUGGCAGGAGCCUGCUUUAUACCCACAUUGGGGCCUAAACCUGAAGAUCUGUUUUUAGAGGGAUUUCAGCUGAAGGACAUAUCCAAGCAGGAAACCUUUUGAUGACCUGGAGAUCCCUAAGCUCUGUCCAUCUGGAUUUGCAUGGUGUCCCAAUGGGGAGACAGACCCCAAUCAAAACCCACACAAGGCUUGGUCUGGCCCAAAUUCACCGCAGAAUCUCAUCGAACAUAAACCUAUAUCUAAUAGUUCAAAUAGACACCUUUGUGCUCCUGUCCGGUUCGGACCCAAGGGGACCAGACUCAGAAGAGAAGACUUAGUUAAAGCGCCGAGCCGGAGAGAGGGCGAAGUUACUUUACGUCAUUGGCGCUCGCUCGGGACUGGAG